UGAACACCAGAAAAAUAUCUCAUAAUGGCUGCAGAACAGAGGAAGUUGCUGGAGCAACUCAUGGGCUCCGAUGCCUUCGGUAGCAAUAACGCAGCAGCCAGCGUUCCGUUCACCGAUUCACGCGUCUGUCGCUCCUUCCUUUGCGGCGAUUGUCCACAUGACAUGUUUACGAAUACCAAAAUGGAUCUGGGCCCGUGUCCACGAAUGCAUAGCGAGAAGCACAAGGCGGAGUACGAGGAGGCACGGAAAAACAGAGAUUUCGGCUACGAGUGGGAUUACCAGCGGGAUCUGAGCAAAUACGUGAAUGAAUGUGAUCGAAGAAUUGAUGUGGCACAGAGGAGAUUGGAGAAGACUCCGGAAGAACUGGCAAGAACCAACCAAUUGGUACGCGACAUGACCGACCUCGAGGCCUCUAUCACCGCAGCCCUCGCCGAGAUCGAAGUCCUUGGAGAACUAGGCGAAGUCUCUCGCGCAAUCGAAGAAUACUCGAAAGUCCAAAACCUCAAAUUCGACAAAACCCAGAAAGAAGAAGAACUCAAACAACUAUCCGACAACUCCGGUGCCUCAGGCCACCAAAAACUGCAAGUGUGCGACGUAUGCGGUGCAUAUCUAUCCAAACUCGACAACGACAGACGAUUAGCGGAUCAUUUUGGAGGAAAGAUGCAUAUGGGAUACGCGCAGAUGCGGAAAAGACUGAAGGAGCUGGCGGAGAAGAAUAUUGGGAGACCACCGAUGGGAGUGCAGGAUGACUAUGGGCAGUCGAAUGGAGGAGGUCAUGGUGGUUACGGGGGCGGAGGCAACUACGGAGGAGGCUAUGGCCGCGGCGGAGGUCGAGGCGGGUUCAGAGGAGGGCGGGGCGGAUACGGUGGAGGUAACUACGGCGGUGGGAACUACGGCGGAGGUGGUUAUGGCAGUCGUGGACGAUAUUAA